AUGAGGGGCUUCCGGAUGGGAAUGUGCGCGAAGCGCCAACCUCUUGGUCGCCAUGAGGUGGUGUUUGAAGAAGAUUCAGGGGAACCUAUCGCAACUGAAGAGGAGUCGGAUCGGUUUGUCAUACCAGGAGUUGAGGUUGAGGCCGUUGCGGAGGCCGUUGCGGAGACCGAGGUGAACUCAGAACCCUCAAGCCAUAUCGUCUAUAUGCAGGAUGAAAAUUCGAAUAGUGACUAUCAACCGCUAUUAGAUCCCGUGUCAGAUGAGGAGUCUGAUGAGAUGUUUGACACCAUCCAGGGAAUCUACAAUCUAGGCGUUACCGAGAGCCAUGAUAAAGCAGCGAUAUAUGGACGAAUGAUGCACUACUAUACCGACCCCUCUACAGGUUUAUUGCAUCCUUACCAUGCCAGGAGCAAGUCAGUGUUAUGGUACAUGUUAGCAAUCUUGAUAUCUAACCCUAUCAUUGGUCUCUACACAAUGAGUCACUUUAAGGAUUGGGAUACUUGGGUAACCCGUGAUGUUGUGGUUCGUGACCUUGUGUCAAAUGUCCCUGAAGCUAUCCCCUAUGCGAAUGAUAAUGGAUUUCGGGAGCCGGUACUUGGAGAUGUGGACCCGCCUGUUAGAGGUUUAACUGUUACUAAGGAAGAGUUUGCUACUCUUUCAGGAGUUGCCAAACAAUUUUCCCAGAAGGUGACAUGGUAUGCUUAUUAUGAAGUUUUUGGCGAAUUGAUAUUUGCCUUCUUCAGCCUAGCUCUGCUCUGCACUAGUGGUAUGUGUUGUACUAAUGGUAGGCACCGUGCCCAGUCUAUGAUCCCUGUAAUCGGAUUGUUGUACACUAUCAUAUACAAGGCACUUGCUCUAUACGUGCUUAUUAUAAGUUUCAAGAUACUCUUCUUCUACUUCAUAGCGGCAUAUAGUGAUUAUGCGUAUUACCUAUCGCCGGUACUGUUGCGUUUACUUUCCCUUGCAGGCAUGGACGCAACGGACCCUGGAAAACGUAUUGCCAUGUCUCAGCUUCUUGAUUUGGAUGCAUCAGCGCAUAAGUGGGUAUUCUUCUACUGUGUUGAGAAUGUCUACAUCACCAUCACGGAAUCUGUGGAGACUAUCCACGCGUUAUUCAGGAUCCUAAGUCGAUGUGCCGUGCGUAUGUUACGCCGUAUCAGGCGCCAACACGACCUUGUGUACUUCACUAUGAAUACUCUUAGUGAAGCUGAGUCUAUUGGUUUGCAACAAGAGGGUUAUUCAUGUUCUUACAUGCUAUUGGAUAGCCUGCUGAACAGGACUGCCGGCCCCCAAGAGGCCUACAUCCAUCAAAUGUACAAUAAUGCAAAAACUGAUGUAGGUACUUAUCUGGACAAUGUAGAUGUAGAGUUAUACCAGCAUGGUAUAGAAGAAGUUGGUGCUAAGCUUAUGAACCAGCUGCGUAGCAAAGAGAUUACACGACCAAAUUAA